GAUCCUCAGAGGUCCUAGGUCGUCGUUACCUGAUGUGGAUGGGCCGUCUGACGCACACGGCGGCGGUGCGUUGUUCCUCUUCGUGUUCCAACUUAUGCCUUCACACGCAGUAAGGAACCUGAACGCAAGCACCCUGACGGACCUCAAGGCCAUCGCUCCUUGUUGUGCCCUGACAUGGAUAGGGCACUCAGGCUACAGCAUCCCCGCUCAGGCCUCAGGUCUGAGGGGCGCCGCGUCUUCUUAGCUUGUUCGAUCGCGCGUUCAAGGUCGCCACAUACGCUUGGACUUUGGAAUCCUCGUGUAUGUGCCGCUACCGGUCUUCUGAUAUCUGUGGUUCAAGACAUCGUGGACGGGGCACGCCUAAGUCUCGUUGUAACGUUGUGGUCGAGUGGCUCUCUGCGGUCGGAACGACCUAUAACUCCCGAGGUCGCUAACUCCACCGCCUACGCUCAUGUCAAUAAUCACAUCGUCUGGUAUGCUGGGAGGGGGCAGUACAGCGAGAAUGGCGGUGGCGAGUCUGCGUGUGGACUUGCCUCGCUCAACUGCGCUCGCAUAGUCUUGGGAUUGGAGCAGAGGCGAUCUCGGAAUGGGGGACCUCCGGACGGUGAUAUCCUGGACAAGAUGGUGCAACGUGAAAUCACAGAGGAAAUCCUGCGGCCAUGUUCAUCGUGGUCUCAAACAGCGCACCUGAGUGUCACUGAUAUAUAUAAGACACCGAUAUUCCACAAGUCGCUCAAGCUGCUGCAUUCUUCCUACGGUCGCUGUAGGCUCCAAGAAUUCAAACACGUAUUGGUGCGCCUCUCGCAGACGACGCAGACGAGCGGGGUUUCAGCCAGUGCUGUCAUUACUCGUCCGCCAGAGAUCAUCUCUUGUAUGAAGCCCGUCACGACGACGGCCGGCGCAGACACUUUCGUGGUUUACGACUCACAUCCACGCCCGGAUCAUCCGGACGGCGCUGCCUUUAUCGUGUUCAAGUCGAUGGACGACGCAGCAUCAUACCUCGCGCAACUUCUGAGCUUCGAUGAAAGCUUGCUGGCAGAUGAUGAAGCUCAGUGGCAGGUACAGUAUCUGGCACAGUUCUCCGCACACAUAUUCGCAGCUCGCCAGAUGCCAUUCGCGUCCAAGGAACUGGAAGAUGCGACCCUAGAGGCUAGCCUCGACGUCCUCGGGCUGAAGGCGAGGGUUUCGGAGCUGGAGUGCCAGAACCACGACCUGCUGGCUGAGAAAGCGAAAUUGACAAACAAGGUCACCUUACUGGAGUACGAAGUCGUAGGGCUCCACGCGCAGAACCGACGUCGACCGCAUGAUCCGUUUUCCAGAGGCUAUCUUUUGGAUGACAGCGUGGACGGCGUUUGGGUAGAGAGCACCCCCGAGCCUGCAAGACGCGACGCCGGUUGGCUACGCAACAUCCUCAACGUGGUAGGCCGUGAUGAUUCGUCGUCCAGUGCCUCCGGCUUUAAGUCAAGAACCCUCAUGUUGCUAUGCCUGGCCGAAAAUCCGGUUUGACACACCGGGGCACCUGAACAGUCGUGGACAAGUUGCUUGGCAGGACGCGAGUAUCGCUGCAGCGUUGCAGCGAGAGUUUGACCGCGAGCAUUCGCAACUAGUUCG